CCGCCCGUGCGGCCAGACGCGCUGUCCGAACCCUACCUACACCUCAACAUUGUGAUUCACGUUGUGGGAAGUCGAGGUGAUGUACAACCAUUCAUCGCGUACGGUACCGCUCUGCAACGGCACGGUCACAGGGUGCGCCUUGCCACCCAUGAAUGUUUUUCCCAGUUUGUCCGGGACUCGGGUCUCGAGUUCUAUUCGAUCGGGGGCGAUCCCGCGGAGCUCAUGGCGUACAUGGUCAAGAACCCUGGUCUGAUACCUUCGUUGGAGUCUCUCCGUGGCGGUGACAUCGGCAGCAAGAGGCGCAUGAUCGACGAGAUGCUACGGGGCUGUUGGGCCUCCUGCGUUGAACCCGACCCCGAGACCAAGCGUCCUUUCGUGGCCGAUGCCAUCAUCGCAAACCCCCCAAGCUUCGCCCACGUUCAUUGUGCGCAGGCUCUCGGAAUACCUGCGCACAUCAUGUUCACCAUGCCGUGGAAUGCAACCCGAGCCUUUCCCCAUCCGCUAGUCAAAAUGAGCUCGACAGACAUCGAACCCGGUACCGCAAACUGGCUUACCUACGGCCUGGUCGAGCUCAUGACUUGGCAAGGGUGA